AUGACUGUGAAAACCAAGGCUGCUAGAGACACCCUCACCUGCUCUAGAAUGAGUGGCAUGGUGGCGAUUCUCAUCGCUUUAAGGAAACAGAGGAUGGGACUGAAUGACUUUAUUCAGAAGAUUGCCAAUAACUCGAAUGCAUGCAAACACCCUGAAGUUCAGUCCAUUUUGAAAAUCUCCCAGCCUCGGGAGCCCGAGCUUAUGAAUGCCAACCCUUCUCCUCCGCCAAGUCCUUCUCAACAAAUCAACCUUGGUCCAUCAUCUAAUCCCCAUGCUAAACCAUCUGACUUUCACUUCCUCAAAGUGAUUGGGAAAGGCGGUUUUGGAAAGGUUCUUCUAGCCAGACACAAGACAGAGGAAGUGCUCUAUGCAGUCAGAGUUUUACAGAAGAAAGCCCUCCUGAAGAAGGAGGAGGAGAAGCAUCCUAUAUCAGAGCGGAAUGUUCUCCUGAAGAACGCGAAACACCCUUUCCUGGUGGGCCUGCACUUCUGUUUUUCUUUCUCUUUCCAGAGCGACACACUGUAUUUUGUCCUAGACUACCAACUCCAGAGGGAGCACUGCUUCCUAGAGCCACGGGCUCACUUCUAUGCAGCUGAAAUAGCCGGUGCCUUGGGUUACCUGCACUCUCUGAACAUCGUUUAUAGAGACUUAAAACCAGAGAAUAUUUUGCUAGACUCCCUGGGACACAUUGUCCUUACAGACUUUGGGCUCUGCAAGGAGAACAUUGAAUACAAUGGCACAACAUCCACCUUCUGUGACACGCCUGAGUAUCUCACACCGGAGGUCCUUCACAAGCAGCCCUACAACAGGACAGUGGACUGGUGGUGCCUCAGGGCCAUCUUGUAUGAGAUGCUGUAUGGCCUGCCUCCUUUUUACAGUCGGAACACUGCUGAGAUGUAUGACAACAUUUUGAACAAGCCCUUCCAGUUGAAACCAAAUAUUACAAACUCCGCAAGACACCUCCUGGAGGGCCUGCUGAAGAAGGACCGGACAAAGAGGCUGGGUGCCAAGGAUGACUUUAUGGAGAUCAAGAAUCACGUCUUCUCUCUAAUUAGCUGGGAUGGUCUCAUCAACAAGAAGAUUACUCCCUCUUUUAACCCAAAUGUGAGCAGACCCAGUGACCUGCAGCACCUCGAUCCAGAGUUUACUUAGGAGCCAGUCCCCAGCUCCAUUGGCAGGUCCCCUGACAGCAUCCUCGCCACGGCCAGCGUCAAGGAAGCUGCAGAGGCCUUUGUUGUCUUCUCCUGUGCACCUCCCAUGGACUCUUUCCUCUGA